UCCCGGCAGCCCCCCUGUGCCAAGAUGGCGGCGCCCGAGCCCCGCACGGUGCUGGUGCGGGGCCUCCCCACCGGCGCCACCGCCGCGCUCCUGGAGCGGCUCUUCGGGCACCUGGGGCCGCUCCGCCGCUGCUUCGUGGUCACCGAGAAGGGGUCCCCGCGGUGCCGCGGGUUUGGCUACGUCACCUUCUCCCUGGCCGAGGACGCGGCGCGGGCGCUGCAGGAGCCCCCCGAGCUGGGCGGGCGGCGCCUGGGGGUGACCCCGGCCCGGCCGCGGGCCCGGCCCGGCGCCAAGGGGCAGCAGAAGGGGCAGCAGAAGGGGCAGCAGAAGGGGCAGGAGAAGGGGCAGAAGGGGCAGGAGAAGGGGCAGAAGGGGCAGGAGAAGGGGCAGAAGGGGCAGGAGAAGGGGAAGGGGCCGCGGGCUGAGGAGGGGGAGCCCCCCCCGGACCCUCCCCGGCCCAAGAAGCCGCGGGGCCCCUCCCGCAAGGCGCGGCUGAUCCUGCGCAACCUCAGCUUCCAGUGCUCCGAGGACGAGCUCCGCGCUCUCAUCACCCCCUUCGCCCCCGUCCUGGAGCUGAACCUGCCCCGGAAGCCUGACGGGACCCUGAGGGGCUUCGCCUUCGUCCAGCUCCGGAACCUCCGGGAAGCGGCCAAGGCACUGCGGGGGCUCUACGGGGCCCAGCUGAGAGGGCGGCCACUGGCUGUGGACUGGGCUGUGGCCAAGGACAAGUACCAGGGGACUCAGGGAGCCCCAGAAACGCCUGAGGGGCAGGAGAAAGGGAAGGGCAAAAAGGAGAAAGAGAAGGAGGAAGAGGAAGGGGAAGAAGAGGAGCAUGAAGAAGAAGACAAAGAAGAAGAGGAGGAUGAAGAAGAUGAAGAGGAAGAAGAGGAAGAGGAGGAAGCAGCUGCCCAGCCCCCCCGGCAGACCCCAAAAGGAAAAUCAAGGAUCAUAGCUGGGCUGAGGCAGAGGAAGAAAAAGAAGGAGGAGGCUGAGGAGGAAGAUGAAGAUGAGGAAGAGCAGGAGGAAGAUGAGGAAAAAGAAGAGGAUGAGGAAGAUGAAGAAGAUGAAGAGGAUGAGGAAGAGGAGCCCCCCCGGAAGCGCCGGCAGCGCCCGUCGGACGUGGGCGAGGGCAGGACCGUGUUCAUCCGGAACCUCUCCUUCGACACCGAGGAGGAGGAGCUGGAGGAGAGCCUGGCCCAGUUCGGGGCCAUCUGCUACGUCCGGCUGGUGCUGCACCCCAACACCGGGACCCCCAAAGGCUCUGCCUUUGCCCAGUUCAAGACCCCCGAGGGGGCCCAGAAAUGCAUUGAAGCUGCUCAGGAGGGGGCUGAGGGCGGGGGGCUCCGUGUGGGGGGGCGGCUGCUGCGCGUGGACCCCGCCCUGAGCCGGGACCAGGCCCGGGGGCUCCAGGGGGGCUCGGGGGGCGCCCGGCCCCGCGGCGGCACCAGGAACCUGUACCUGGCCCGGGAGGGGGCCAUCCGCCCGGGCUCCCGCGCUGCCGAGGGCGUCAGUGACUCGGACAUGGCCAAGCGGGCGCGGUUCGAGGAGCUGAAGCGGCGGCGGCUGCAGGACCCCAACGUGGCGGUGUCGCGCACGCGGCUGUGCCUGCACAACCUGCCCAAGGCGCUGCAGUCGGCGCGGCUGCGGGCGCUGCUGCGGGGCCUGCUGCGGGCCCCGGGCGGGACAGCGCCCCGCAUCAAGGAGUGCCGGGUGAUGCGGGAGCUGCGGGGCCAGGGCCAAUCUUUGGGGUUCGCCUUCGUGGAGUUCGAGGAGCACGAGGAGGCCCUGGGGGCCCUGCGGCGCCUCAACAACAACCCCGAGCUCUUCGGGGCCCACAAGCGCCCGAUCGUGGAGUUCGCGCUCGAGGACCGGCGGAAGCUGCGGCUGCGGGAGCAGCGGAUCCAGCGGGGGCUGCUCAAGGCCAAGGCCAAAGCCAAGGCGGGACCCACAGACCCUCCCCAGGCACCCCCGGAUCCCCCCCAGGGGCCCCCAGAGCCCCCCGCGGGUUCAGGGGGGCCCCAGGCCGCCCCCAGGUCCCCCCCGGGGGCGCCCCCAGGUGCCCCCUGGGCCGGGUUCCGCACGCAGGGCCCGGGGCUCAGGGGGGCUCCCGGCGCCCCCCGCACCAAGGUGCUGGCAGUGCCCUCCCACCGCGGCCCCAAGAUCAGGAAACGGGACAAGGGGAAGGCUCAGCCCCCCCAGAAGCCCCCCAAGCCCCCCAAGGCCCCCAGGGCCUCUCGGCGUCAGGAGAAGCUGCGGGUGCGCCCCCCCCAGGGCCAGCGGCGGCGCCGGGGGGGCCCCGGGGCGGCCGAGGCGCGGUUCCAGGAGCUGGUGGAGAGGUACAAGAGGAAGAUCCUGGGCAGCGACCCCCCCACGGCCCCGGGCUCCAAGUGGUUCGAGAGCUGAGACCCCCCAGCUCUCCAAAACCCCUCUGGCACCCCAAAACCCCCCCAGGGGUGCUGGGGGUCCCAAACCUUACGGGGGGGGGGGGUUUGGGGUGCUGCCCCCACACGUCUGGGGGGUUUGGGGGGUGGGACCCAACCCUGGGUCCCCCCUGGCCCCCCUGGGAUUUGGGGGCGCUUGUCCCCCCCCCGUGCCUCUGUGUCUUCCUGGGUUUUAAUAAAAAUGGGUUUUUUGAGGAAAA